AUGGUGACAUUAUGGUACUUGAAGCAUUAUCAUUCGGUACGCUAUAUUGCUACUGAAUUAUAUUUGGGUAUAUCGACAGUACAUCAUAUUUUAACAGAGGUUGUGGAUAUCUUACACUCAUGUGUAUAUCCAGAACUAGUUUCAUUAGCAGUUGAUAUGGCUAAUAGAAACGCAAUACAUGGGCCUGAAGAGCAUCAUAAAUUAAUAGUUGAUUCAACUUACAUCGCCGUUCCGCAACCUGAUGAUUCACAACAACGUAAAACAUAUUAUCAUCCAAAAAGCGCAACAAAUUAUGUAUUUAAAGUACAAAUAACUUGUGAUUUUAGCCAUCGAAUAGUACAUAUAUCCGAAUGUUACCACGGAAAUGUACAUGAUAUUACAAUUCUAAGAGAAUUGGGAUUAUUAGAAUAUACAGAAGAAUCUGUCCAAAUUAUUGCUGACAAAGGAUACAUUGGUGAAGAAUAUGUUAUUACUCCAAAAAAGGAAACCUCAUAG